AAGGUAUCUUAAUGCGAAGAGGAAUAGGCGUUCAAGGGCUGCUCUCAGAGCAGAGAAACGUAUACAAGGACCAAGCUUUUUAGAGCCUCUUCUUCUGGGUAACUCUGUUAAAUAAUCUAUGUUUUGCAGGUAGUUGCUGCUGUUGACUCACCUGAAUUUCUUCUGCAUUUGGCAUGAGUUUUGUUAUAUAAUCUUGAAGUUGCACUGCUGUUGAACUUAAACUUUUUUUCUUUAUAUGGAAGAUUCUAUUGCUUUGUUCUGCGCUAUCUCAAAAGAAGUUUACCUUGAAAAAGCCUCUGGUACUAUUGGGUUUUCAGAUUGCUGCAAGGUAGAACAGAGUGGUAGGAAAUAGACUAUUCUCUGAUAAAAAGCUGAUACAAAUCCUCCCAGGUGACUUAGAAAACAAAUAUGUCUUUUGUAAUCUUCACAUCCUCAAUAGCACCAGCCUCAAUUGUUAACCGAUACAAGGUACACAAUUUGCUAUGUCAGAAAAAUUCUUCACCAAAUCCCAGCUUUCCCAUUGUUCACUACAAAUGUUCACGGGUUAGUAUGGUGGGCAUAUGUACAAUCUUCAGGAACAAUUCAUGUAAUAUUCGAAACUUCAUUUCAAGAGAUUCCAUGGACCCUAACAACCAGAAGUUCACUGAUGUAUCUUUUGAUUGGGGAGAUCAAGAAGAAGAAGACCCUGAAGAUAUGGUGUCACCAUGGGAUGGUGCAAUUAUAUAUAGGAGAAACCCUUCAAUCUCACAUAUAGAGUACUGUACAACCUUGGAGAGGUUGGGAUUACAAAAACUUUCAACUGAGAUUUCAAAAACAAAGGCUUCAGUUUCAGGAUUGCGUGUCACAAAAGCCGUGAAGGAUUAUCCACUUGGAACUCCUGUUCAAAUUUCCAUUGAUGUAACCAGGAAGAAGCGAAAGUUGAGGCUUGAUGGGAUUAUUAAGACUGUGAUCACUUUAGGUUGUAACAGAUGUGGUGAACCAACUGCUGAGAGCAUAUAUUCCAACUUCUCUAUGUUACUAACUGAGGAACCCAUUGAAGAACCAGAGAUAAUCGAUAUGGGAGUGAUCUUUGGUGAAGAUAAAUUUAAGUCUUCUGUAGCUAGCAGCAUUGAAGAAGAUGACGAAGAUGAUGCUUCAAUCGAUUGGGAUGACAGGUUGUACUUUCCUCACGAAGAAAAAGAAAUCGAUAUUUCAAAGCACAUAAGAGACUUAAUACAUAUAGAAAUUACCAUAAAUGCAAUAUGUGAUCCAAGUUGCAAAGGUUUGUGCCUCAAGUGUGGGACAAAUUUGAACACAAGUAGUUGUAGCUGUACUGAAGAGAGGCCUAAAGAGAAAGGUUAUGGCCCUCUUAAAGAUUUGAGAAAACAAAUGCAAUCAAAAGGUUAGCUUAAUUGCAUCUCAUGUCUAGCUAUACAUACCUUUUUUUCUGCCCAAUGCCCUCAUUUCAUUUUGCUUCCUUGCAAUUGGAGAUUAGUGUGUUUUUUUUUUUUUUUUUUUUUGAAAUGUUCCA